AUGACAAGUUUACAAUUUGUACAAUUGCAAAUACAUUGCUCGCCAAAUAUUAGAGGAAACUUUGUACGGUUGCCACCGGCAAUAUGUGAUACCUUAGAUUUAACGAACUUACCAAUUCAAUGCUUUAAUGUCUGUUUGGAGCCUGGAUCAGGUAGAAGUGAUACCGAUAUUCAACAAAAGAAGAUAUAUUUAGGUUGGGAUGGUUUUACGUCGCAAUCAUCCAACUCCAUUGAAAUUAAUAAUAUUGUUGCGAAAACUUACAAUUUACAAGAAGAUGAGUUCAUCGACAUUAUAAUAAGAAAGUUGGAUGAAAACCAAAUUAUUGAAGAAGCUCUUAUAGAACCAUGUACGAGUGAUGAUUGGGAAAUUAUUGAAAAUAAUGUGCCUUUUUUGCAAGAUCAAAUAAUAUACCAGACCAGAGUCAUGACGCUUAAUAGUGUCAUUAUAUGUUAUGUAGGUGAUAUCGUUGCUAAAUUUCAAGUGAAGAAAAUAUCUCCUGAGAAUCUAGAUGUUGGAAAAAUAUCAGCUGGAACAAUGAUUAUUGUUGAACCGAAGGAAAAUGAAAUUAGAAAUCAACAAUUUAAAAAGCAAAGUAUGAUUAACAAUGAUGGAGAACACGAUAUCAUCAUCAAACAAAAAAUAUUGAGAUCACUUCAAUGGAAUAUACAAGAUGAUUGUGCGCUAGAAGAUGAUAUAGUGGUAUGGAUAGAUCAGAAUGACGACAAAAUUCUCGAUUGCAAGUACGCUUUUGUUUCUGUGUUACAUAAUAAAUUAGAAAUAAUGAAAACGAAAGAAAAGCAGAAAAAACUUGAUUUUCAUGAUGACAGAAAUGAAAAGCCUAUGUCCUUCAAUAAGAAAAUUAUUGUGAAAAUUAAGAGAUUUGAGAAAAGGAAACAUACGAUUAUGAAAGAUCAUAUAUUGUUAUCAGAUUCACUAUGGUCUAUCUUAUCGCUAACCCCACAAAAUGGUGUGAAACUUAAAGUUCAAUUUGUUAAGAAUAGGACAAUUGUACAAAAGCAUACAUUUAUGAAUGAGAAAAGAAUUAAUAUUUAUCCUAUCUUUAGUAGUAAUUUAUCAGCGAAACCGAAUCCUGAAUCCAUUGCGAGAAAUACCAAAUUUUUAAUGGAAAGAUUGAAGGCCUCAACGUUAGGCAAACGAACUAUAUUUUGGGAAUACAAACUUCUGAUUGAAUUGAAUUUAUCUAAAGGUACCAGUACAUUUUUUGAUUUCUCCAAUGAACCAAUAACUUCUAAUUCAUGGAUCCUGUUGAAUGAGAACUAUAAGAAAGUACAACCUCCGCCCACUUUCCGAAAAGAAUUGACAAACCUCAAAGUGCCUAAAAUAGUUGGUAUGGAUAAUACAAUUGAUGAAAUAGUAAAAUAUUUAACGAUACCUAUUUUACCAUCGCCCGGUAUUAUAGUUGAAGGCCGCCAAGGUUCAGGGAAAACAUCGUUACUUUUGAAUAUCUGGAAAACUCUUUCUAGUUCACCGUAUCCAUAUUAUGUUAAAUAUAUCGACUGCGAAACCAUUACCGAUGUUUUUAGUUUCGAUAAUAUGAAGACAAUGUUAAAUGAAUGUAUAUCGUCACUGUAUUGGCAUUAUCCAUCUAUACUAAUACUAGACAAUGCAGACUAUUUAUUUACGGAGUCUCUGACUGAUGAACAACAACAGGGGAAGAUCAAUAAUAAUAAUUCGAUAUCGUCAAAACUAACUGCUAAUUUAAUUAAUAUUGUUGACAAUAUUUCGAAUAAACGUCCGGAAGCAAUUCGUGUAAUUUUUGGCGUCAAAGACAAGAAAGCAAUAAACACGUUGUUUUUUGACAAACAUUUCAUAGGUAAGACAUGGACUUUAUUACCACCAAAUAGGGAGAAACGAUUACUUUUAUUGGAACACUUGUUUAAACUUCGAAACGAAUCGAUGGGAGAAGAUUUUAAUAUGAGUUUACAUACUGAUUUAAACCUUAAUGAUAUGUCGUUGGAGAUAGAAGGUUACUCUAUAUUAGAUAUAGAAAAACUGAUUGAUAAGUUGUUCUACGAGGUCCAGAUUUCAAGUAGAAAUAAUAAUGAAUCAUCGACUGACUUAUUAAUUACUAACAAUGCGUUUAUAAAAUGUCUUAAAGUCUUUGUGCCAUCUUCAUUACAAAAUGUUAGUUUAACUAAGGAUACUGGUGUUAGAUGGUCAGAUAUUGGAGGAUUAAAAAAUGUUAAAAGAUUACUAUUAGAGACUUUAGAAUGGCCCACGAAAUAUUCACCCAUUUUCAAGAGAUGUCCCUUAAGAUUAAGAUCCGGUAUCUUAUUAUAUGGAUAUCCAGGUUGUGGUAAAACAUUACUAGCUAGUGCCAUCGCUCAACAGUGCGGAUUAAAUUUCAUAUCCGUGAAAGGCCCUGAAAUAUUGAAUAAGUAUAUUGGUGCAAGUGAACAAAAUGUUAGAGAGUUAUUUGAAAGGGCACAAUCUGUGCAGCCAUGUAUUUUAUUUUUCGAUGAGUUUGAUUCUAUAGCGCCUAAGAGAGGACAUGAUUCAACGGGUGUUACUGAUAGAGUAGUUAAUCAAUUAUUAACACAGAUGGACGGAGCAGAAGGAUUAGAGGGAGUUUAUAUACUAGCCGCAACCAGUCGACCCGAUUUGAUUGAUCCUGCAUUAUUAAGACCUGGAAGAUUAGAUAAAAGUGUCUUAUGUAAUAUUCCGAAUGAAGAAGAUAGAUAUGAUAUUAUGUGUUCGAUAACGGGUGAUGAAACAAGUAACAACGAACUUAAAUUAAAAAAUGAUACGGAUUUGAAAGCAGUUGUACAAGCAACAGUGGGAUAUUCGGGUGCUGAUUUACAGGGGUUGUGUUACAAUGCAUAUUUAAAAGCUGUUCAUAGGUACUUGUCCCAGGAGUCGGAACCUUCGCAAAUGAAAAAACGUAUGAACAAGAACGCAGGGCAUAUUAAUCUGAUUUUUAAUCUAAUCAACGAAAACGUGACGCUCGCGAAUAAAGAUAUACUUGAUGAAAUUAAUGGUGAAUUACAAGGUCGGUUAUCCAAGGAAAAAGGAACCGAUCAAGAAAGUAAUUCCAAUCCAAUUAAGAAGAGUAGUCCUAAUGUGUUGAUAACGUUGGCUGAUUUAUUAGACGCUUGUCAGGAGACAAAACCCAGUAUCUCUCUUUCAGAACUAAGAAAAUUACGUGAUAUCUAUAAUAAGUUCCAGACCGAUAGGGAUGGUGCUUUACCUACCGGCGAGACAUCCGAUGAAAUUGGUAGUAGACUCUCCCUCAUGUAA